UCUGUCGCUGCGUCCGUCUCUGAGAGCAGCAUCUCUCUCUCUCUUUGUCUGAGUCCAGCCGUCGUCAUCAUCAUCAUCAUCAGCGAGGACAGAGGACAAACGAUGCUCCAGUAUGAAGACUUCUUACAUCAGAGGAGAUUCUUCUUUGAUGAAAAGCAGCGAGAACCACAGAUUUAAACUCCCCAUCUCAUUUCAACAUCCCGCUCUUUAAACUCUCCUCUCAACAAGCUGCUGUGUCCCUCCUCUUCCAGAGAAACAUGAGUCUCCUUUUCCCACCAUUCCUCUUCUUCCUGCUUGCCUUUCUCUCCCCGCCGUCCCUUCUUCCAUCCGUCGAGGGUUUGCGUCUGUGUCCGUACAAGUGCAUGUGUUACGAGCACGCCGACCUCGUGGACUGCCACAGUCGAGGGUUCGAGCACGUUCCCAGAGGCCUCCCGCACGGCACGUGGCUGCUGGAGCUCGGAGGAAACAACCUGAGUGAGAUCUGCACCCGGGCGUUCACUGGACUGUGGUCGCUGCGGGUGCUGGUGCUGACCAACAGCCAGAUCAGAGACAUACAACCACAGGCUUUUUUCUCUUUGUCCUUCCUGGAAAACUGGAUCUCAGUUGGAACCAGUUAACCUCUCUACCAGUCGACUUCUCCACCAGUCUGUCUGCCAUCAGAGAGCUGCGACUGGAGCACAACAACCUGCAUCAUAUUUCUGGAUACAGCCUGGAGAAUCUGGACAACAUGGAGAAGCUGGACCUGAGUCAUAACGAGCUGGUGUCGGUCGGCCCCGGUGUGUUCAGGGGCCUCUCGCGGCUCCGGCAGCUCUACCUUCACAACAACAGACUGACGGUGGUGCAACACGGGAGCCUGGAUAUGCUGCCUGGACUGGAGAUGCUCCAGCUGAGUAACAACAACAUCUCUCAGAUCGACAGCGACGCUCUGGCUCCUCUCUACAGCCUGGCGGUCCUCGCUCUGGACGGAAACAACCUGCAUCACCUCAAGUUUAAAACCUUCAUCAGCCUGCACACAACAGCUACACACAUCCAGCUGUCAGGUAACCCGUGGAGCUGCGACUGCGAGCUGCAUCGCGUCUUCAGUAAGAUCUUACACGUCCGACACCUCCACAUCGACGACUAUCGCAACGUGACGUGCCGGGACCCGCCGCAGCUAGCGGGGGCUUCGCUGGCCUGGGUGGACAGCCAGCUCUGUGUGGCAGAAACAGCCACCGUGCUCGUCAUCACCGUCACCGUGCUGGUCACCGUGGUGGCUGCUCUGGUGAUGGCGGAGAGGACCAGGAAGAGGAACCGCGGGAAAAACUGGGAGACGGAGUCGCAGGCACAAACUUAGAGCCUGAAAGAGAAUUUAAAAAAAAGUGAAGGAUAAAGACGAGUAAGGACGGUGUG